CCGUGGGGCCGAGCGCGGAAGUGGGCUGCGGUCGGUUCUCAGGUUCUCAGAAGGCGACGUCUGGAGCGGGAGAGCCCUUCUAUAGCGAGGCCGGGCCGGGAGGCUGGAUCGCGGAGGUUGCGAGUCCCUUUGUCCACUCACCGCAGCGAAGGGACGGGCCGCGUCGGUUGCCGCCCCGGAAACGGAAGUGAGGGCGCCGCGGGGUCCUGCCCAUUGCGAGCUCUGCCCGGCGUCAGUCGUUCCGCCUGCCGGUCACAUUGCGCCCCUCUGUACCGCGGGUCUCUCUGUCUCGCCGGCCCCACCAUGCUGUCUCUAGAUUUUUUGGACGAUGUGCGGCGGAUGAACAAGCGGCAGCUCUAUUAUCAGGUCCUAAAUUUUGGGAUGAUCGUCUCCUCGGCGCUAAUGAUCUGGAAGGGGUUAAUGGUCAUAACCGGAAGUGAGAGUCCCAUUGUAGUGGUGCUCAGUGGCAGCAUGGAACCCGCGUUUCAUAGAGGAGACCUUCUCUUCCUAACAAAUCGAGUUGAGGACCCCAUACGAGUGGGAGAGAUUGUUGUGUUUAGAAUAGAAGGAAGAGAGAUUCCUAUAGUUCACCGAGUCUUGAAGAUUCAUGAAAAGCAAAACGGGCAUAUCAAGUUUUUGACCAAAGGAGACAAUAACGCAGUUGACGACCGGGGCCUCUACAAGCACGGACAGCACUGGCUGGAGAAGAAGGAUGUCGUGGGGAGAGCAAGGGGAUUUGUUCCAUAUAUUGGGAUUGUGACAAUCCUCAUGAAUGACUAUCCUAAGUUUAAGUACGCCGUCCUCUUCCUGCUGGGCUUGUUCGUGCUGGUCCACCGUGAGUAGGACGCCGCCGCCGCGCCGCUCCCGGGAGACGCCCUCCUUUUCGUUGCCGAUGUUCGGAGUUGAUGUUGGUGGGGACCGGAGUGCGGCGCACGCGCCGGCCCCUUUGGUAGCGCUGGUUUGCGUUAGUUUCUGUUUCCACGCCAGAGUCUGUGGGCGGGCGCGCGUGCACCCCGGCGCGCGCCCGAGGGGACUCUCCGUCACAGGGUUUCUUUCAUGUUGUCAUUGUCACACUUUCACAUUUUUGUACAUCGGUGAAUUUUUUAUAUUAAAAGGUUGAGCCAAA